UCCCCUCCUUUUCCUUAUUCCUUUCUAGCAUACUCAAGGCCUGCGUGAGUCGUUAACAGGCGUCUUUCCGGGAAUCUAGACGGCUGCUGUUUCUUAUAGAUUUUUCUAUAUUUCAUUGUCUCUUUGCUCGCUAUCAUAACCGACCGGUUCCUUUCGUUAUCCUGCACCGGGUGUGCUCCUUAGCUUUCCCAAUCGGUCCCAGUUCAGAUUUGUAGAGUGUAUUACGCAAGACCUGUUUCCAGGUUUCGAUAUCCCGUUAGAACCACUACAAGGAAAAUUAUCCCUGUCAUCCGCGAACUCGAAAAUGUUUGUCAAAUCUGUCAACGCUGCCGCGCUGGCAGCGAUAUUCAUCCCGCCCAAAGACCUCGAUGUCAACAGUCCAUCAUCGAUACGCAGUGUCGCUAGCACGAUUGCCCAUGGGCUUAUGUCCUAUUACUCUGGAAAUGUGACCAACACUCCAGAGACUAUUGCUGUUUUCCCUCAACCACAUUUCUGGUGGCAAGCAGGCGCAGCCUGGGGAGCUAUGUUGGAUUACUCGCAUUACACUGGUGAUUCCAGCUACGAUGAAGUCAUCAAGCAAGCUCUUGUGUCGCAAGUCGGCCCCAACUUUGAUUUGAUGAACCCGCUUCACUUUGGAUCCGAAGGAAACGAUGACCAAGCCUUCUGGGGCUUUUCUAUCCUCGAGGCUGCCGAGAGGAAUUUCCCGCAGCCCGACGACAACAUCCCACCGUGGCUCGACAUCGCGAUCAACACCUUCAACACCAUGGCCCCGAGGUGGGACGAGACUGCCUGUGGAGGUGGGCUUGCCUGGCAGAUAUUCGAGUCGAACCCCAAUGGCAUGAACUACAAGAACAGUGUCUCCAAUGGCGGGUUCUUUCAACUGUCAGCGCGCCUAGCUCGAGCGACCGGUAAUGCCACUUAUUACGAGUGGGCGAAAAAAGUAUGGGACUGGUCCGAGAAGGUCGGUUUCAUCGACCCCAAAACCUUCAUCGUCUACGAUGGUGCCGACCGCCGGGACAACUGCGCCGAGUUGAAUAGACUGUCGUUUUCGUACUCGCAUGGGAUUUACUUGUACGGUGCCGCGGUUCUCUACAACUACACAGAGGGCGACAAGGUGUGGGCCGACCGCACCAACAACCUCUUGAAGGGAGCCGAUCUUUACUUCAGUCCCUUUGACAACUCUACGAACGUCAUGUUUGAGCAAGCCUGCGAGCCGUACGGAACGUGCAACAACGACAUGAAGUCCUUCAAGGGCUACCUCUCGCGAUUCAUGUGGGCCACGACGCGGAUGAUGCCCUCGACGCUCGGUCGCGUCGAGGAGCUCCUGAAGCCUAGCGCCGCCGCCGCCGCCAGGGCCUGCUCCGGAGGUGCCAAGGGUACGGAAUGCGGCCAGAAAUGGUACGUUGGAGGCUUCGAUGGCGUGGUUGGGCUCGGCCAACAGAUGACUGCACUGGAGACGGUCCAGGGUCUUCUUUCCCAGAGGGCACCACCCCCAUUCAAGGCUGGCGAGAUUAAGCACGUCAAGGGCUAAGGUGGCUCGAUAUCAAUACUUAGAAAUAGCUCCGUCGUCGUCGCUUAUAUUAACUGCUAGGAAGCGCCGAACCUUGGACCGUACCCUCGGACUAGGGCCUAGCUUUGGGUUCUCGCAUGGAAGGAAGAUGUUCGAUAUGUCAUGCCAGACAUAAAGCAUAA